AUGGCUACGUGGGAGUAUACCUUUUCACAACACGAUAGGAUCGUCUCUCCUGCUGGUCCAAUCUACCUUCCAAUCAAUAUAAUAGGCCAUAUACCCAAUUACAAGCGCCUCAACGAGAAGCCUGUGAUCAAGUCAUGCAAAAUCGCCCUGGGAAUAUGCGAUGUAUCCCUCCAGGUCAACAUUCCUCAUUAUGACAUAGUUCCUACCAAUUCAGCCCCUCCAUCAGCUGUCAUCUAUUCACACGCUAAUUUCAAGGCUUCCAUCCAACCAGACAAAGCUGGAGAUCCCAAAGAUUUUUAUGAGAGAUGCUUUGCCGAAGCUAGUGCAAUUAACCUCUUUUUCCCCGAUGUACGAUCAGAGAGCGUCCGCAUAUGCAUGGCCGCGUGGCUGGCUGCAAACUGCGCGGCGGAUGACAUACUUGAGGCCAUGCCCCCAGCUGCCGCCACAGUCGCUUUGAAAGAGGCAAUCUUGAAGCUUCAGGGAACGAAGGCAGACGUCUCUCCUACAAACAAAGUCGCAUCGAUCCUUUGCUUCUUUCAAGAAUAUUGCAUCCAGCAACUUGACCUCUGUGAAAGCACUGCCCGCGAGCUCAGCAAUGAUAUAUGCGAUAUGUGUGAGGGCUUGCUUGACGAACUUCUAUUUCGCCGAGGAUUGUUGCCUAACAACCUGGAAACCUAUCUACAAUUCCGCGGUAGGACAAUGGGGAUCCAUCCAUUCUUCACUCUGAUCCGCACACUGCACAAGCCAAUUAAUGCGGAAUACCUCUCCAGGCUCCGAGAUCUCCAGAAGCGGGUUAGCUUGGUUCUAGGGCUGCAAAACGAUCUUGUUGGCCUAGAGAAAGAUCGUCGGAACGGCGAGACCAUGAAUGCAGUCUUGGUAUCCGUCAAGGAACAAGCGGGGAUAGAUGUGGAUUUUAUAUUACCGAAGACCAUUCAGGAUGUAUGUGUUAUCCACAAUUUUUGUCUGUCGGCUGCAGUGGAGAUGCAUGAAAGGCUCCACGUUUCGUGGAAUGGGGAGGUCCACAAGGAGAUUCUUGAGACUUCAAUUCUAGCCUUUGCAGAUACCCAUCUGAAAUGGUGCGCCUCGUCUAAGAGAUACCAGGCAAAGGUAGAAUAG